CAUCUUUCAAUGAUGGAGCUGGAUUCAAUUUAGAGAAGCUCUCAAUUGAUCUUCGAGAGCAGAUAAUGGUCGAUUAUUUUUCUAAAUCUGGCCUCGAUUUUUCCUUAGUUCGGAUUCCUAUUGGUGGGACCGAUUUCUCGUUCGACCUUAUUCUUAUGACGAUAAUCAUGAUGAUGACUUUGACCUUGAAGAUUUUCAACUUGCACCUGAAGAUAUAAGUCUAAAGAUUCCAAUGAUUAAACAGGCAAUAGAAUUGCGAGCCAAUAGUCAUCUUAAGCUUCUCGCAAGCUGCUGGUCACCUCCUGGCUGGAUGAAAACUAACGACAGUAUCGUUGGAGGUUAUAUCAAGGGUUCUCCGGGGGGAAAAUAUUAUAAAACUUAUGCUAAAUACCAUGUUAAAUUUCUCGAUUCUUAUAAAUCGGAAGGAAUCAACUUCUGGGGUAUCACCACAACCAAUGAACCUUUCAAUGUGGUCAAGAAUGCUCCUUAUAUCUUCAACAAUGUUGGACUGACCCCUGAAAUGUUACGAGAUUUCAUUAAGCUCGAUCUUGGUCCAAUUCUCCAAGAAUCAGACUAUGGAGUUGAUAAACUCAACGUUCUAAUCUUAGACGACAAGAAACAAUAUCUUCCCCAAUAUACUGAGGUCAUUUUAACCGAUCCAGAAACGGCUAAAUUCGUGACCGGUAUCGCAGUCCAUUGGUAUGAUGAUGGUGAAGAUCCUUACGAAUAUCUAUCUCCAACUCAUGAUAAGUUUCCAAACUAUUUCAUCAUGUCAACAGAAGCAACUGCUGGCUACAAGAAGGAUGCUCCAAACACAGGUCAACUGGGAAACUGGACACGAGCGGAAGAGUAUGCAUAUGACAUGAUUCAAGAUUUUCAACGAUAUGUCACCGGCUGGAUAGACUGGACAUUUGUUUCGGACAGUUUAACCGGAGGCCCUUCAUGGAACCAUGGCAAGUUUGAUUCAUCGAUACUGGUUGACCCAAAGAUGGACACUUAUUAUCGUAAUCCAAUGUUUUAUGCACUUGGACACUUUUCAAAAUUCAUCCCUCCCAAUUCAGUUUAUAUCGGUCAUAAUAUCCAGGGUAAUUCAAUGGGCAUCUCUUGUGCCACUUUCAUUGACCCCUCCCAGCAAUUGGUCAUCGUCCUUUUAAACACCAAUGACCAUCAAGUUAAUCUGAUUGUUAACAAUUUUACCUCAAUUGCAAUUCCAAUAUCAUUAGAUUCACAUUCAAUCACCACACUGGUCACUCCUUCAAGUUUACCUUGAAUUUGAAACUGACCCAAAGUAAAUUUUAACCCAAUUACAAACUGGACAUCAAUCAAUUAAAAUCUAGAAUCUGCUCUAAUUUGACCAUGAAGAUGAAACAAUUAAAUAAUUAUCAUUAUGAAAUUGUAAAGAUAACAAUGAAAAUGGAAACAGCAACAAACAACAAAAAAUUAAUGAUGACAAUUAACUUGUAAAAAUGACUUUGAUUUGAUUGUCAAAUGGACUUAAAUUAUGACAGAAAUAAAUUCAAUUGUUAUUAACUAAUCAAAUAA